ACAAGCAGUUCCUUAUCAUACUCAACCUAGGCUACUUUUCACUUGCCGCAGAUACAAUUGUUACGGAAAAUGGCCCAGACUUUUGUAGAAAGCAAACUUAAAGCCUCUAAGGUAACAAUGUUUGAAAAGCCUGCGUGUCCCUAUUGUGUCAGGGCGAAGGGGAUAUUACAGAAAUACAAGUUUAAGGAGGGCCAUCUGGAAAUUGUUAACAUAAGCAACUUGGACAUCGUGGCAAGCGUUCAAGAUUAUUUUCUGCAGAAAACAGGAGAAAGAACGGUGCCACGGAUAUAUAUUGGAGAAAAAUGCAUUGGUGGAUGCUCUGAUUUGGUUCCUCUGGACAGCAGUGGAGAACUGGAAAAGAUGUUGCAGUCAAUCGGUGCCUUGCAGUGAUGAUAUGAGAAAUUCAGAAUACAAAACCUGAUACUUCUUUACUCCCAGUUCUCUAUUAGCAGAUGUGCUAUAAGUGACUCCAGAAAUGUGUGAAUAUGCCUUGUAUCCUGUAUAGUCAUUCAUAAUAAAUUGUGUUGCCAUCUGUUUGUA